GGCAUUUUGUGGCUGUGAAACUGAGACAAUGGAUCUGGAGCAAACCGUUGUGGCCUUGCGGUUAAAAAAUGACCAGCUCAGGCAGGAAAAUGAUCAGCUGAAGUCGAUAUCAGGUCUGGUCAAAGAAAACAUAGACCUCAGAGCUAGGAUGCAGAGCUUCAACAAAGACACUCUGGAGGAAUUAACAGUUUGCUCCACCUCAGGAACAGAACCAUUAACUCAGUGGCAGAGCACCUUUGAUGAGAAACAAUUCAGAAAAGACUUGCAACAAACCAAACCCAAAUGGGAACAUCGAUCUUCGUCUCCCAUCGACUUCAAUUCUUUCAUCCAAAGCUCUCUGCACACAGACGCAGAUGAGACAGCAGAGCGUCAGAGCCCCAACACUGAUGUUCCUCUUGACAGCAAGGUUUCAGCCCCAGACAGGCUUCUUGGAGAGAUUUGCUAUCAGCUGGAUAGGAGAAUUCUCUCCUACAUCUUCCAGGGUCACACGAGGCUCUACGGUUUCAUAAUGGCCAAUAUACCAAACAAGAUCAUAGAGGUUAGCACGCAUCCACUGACAGGGAAGGUGGAUCAAGGCUAUCAGCUUCAUCUCACUCAGAGGCAUGCAGAGCUUAUGGAAAGGCUGAGCCAGCUUGGGUAUAAAGAAGCACUUCACCCUCCUUUUACUGAGUUCAUUGUCAACAGCUACGGGAUCCUAACGGAAAGGUCAAGUCAACACAGCACACAGGGAAUGGACUACAAUAAUCCAGACUUCCUGAAGAAGGUGAUAAUGACCACUGCACCUAGAAAGCUUCACAAGGACCUGCUGGUUGUGCUCACUUGCCUCUGCAUGAUGGCAGAAAUGGACAGAAAGCCGCUUCUUUUUUGGUAGCUCCAGAUCCAAAUUUGGCUUUGCACCAUCCUGAAGCUGGAAUAAAUGAUUCGACAUAGUAAA